GAGCCAGCUGUAAAUAUGAGUUAUUGGCAAGAUGCUUGACUCGAUGUGUCUCCUUUUAAUUCAAACACAAUGUGUUCUUGAACAUAAUGUGAGUUGGCAGCAGAGCUGAGCUCGGCGUACGUGACUCACGGAUGUCGACGGUGUUAAUUAUUGGAGUUAUAAAAGAGAAAUUAAAGUUAAAUUCAAUCUUCUGUUGGAUUAAAGGUAGAGACGUUGAAGGAAAUCCCCCAAACAAAUACAAAUAUCUUCUAUUGCUUCAUUAUAACUUUCUAUUGCACAUUGUGUGUGUUUUUUUUACGAUGUCAGGACUCUGCAUUUUGCUCAGUAAGGAGUUAUUGAUGAAAAACGACUACUGUCGUACAAAGGUCGGGGAAUUGGAACCCAUCAGCAGAUAAUCAUGGCGGGGCGACUUCAUGAACUCGAUACAAACCGUGUGGACAAAAAUGUGUGGCUUGAAUUCACACAACUGGCAGCCGACUACAAAGCAGUGAAUCUCGGACAGGGGUUCCCAGACUUCUCCCCUCCCAAAUUUGCCCGGGAGGCUUUUUGUAAAGCUGUGAGUGGAGGACACCAAAUGCACCAGUACACCCGGCCUUUUGGCCAUCCUCCUCUCGUACACAUCCUGGCUAAAUUCUUCGGGAGGAUAGUGGGACAUGAGAUCGAUCCUUUAGAAGGCGUGCUGGUCACAGUCGGAGCUUAUCAGGCUCUCUUCUGUGCAUUUCAAGCUCUGGUUGAUGAAGGGGAUGAGGUCAUAAUUGUUGAGCCGUUCUUUGACUGCUACCAGCCGAUGGUGAAGAUGGCCGGAGGAAAGCCAGUGUAUGUACCUCUGAGGCCGAAAGUCGGGGGAAGUGCCGUCCUGUCCAGUGGAGACUGGGUUCUUUCUGCUGAGGAGCUGGCCAGUAAGUUCACUCCACGCACAAAAGCCAUCGUCAUCAACACUCCCAACAACCCCCUGGGCAAGGUUUACAAGACCGAGGAGCUCCAGGUGAUCGCUGAUCUGUGCAUCAAACACGACGUGCUGUGCAUCAGCGACGAGGUGUACGAGUGGCUGACCUAUGAUGGGAACAAGCACGUGAAGAUCGCCAGCCUUCCUGGCAUGUGGGAGCGGACCGUCACCAUCGGCAGUGCAGGGAAGACCUUCAGCUCCACCGGCUGGAAGGUUGGCUGGGCGAUCAGCUCCGAGCUAAUCAUCAAACGUCUGAAAGCAAAGCACCAGAUGUCUGUGUUUGAUUGUGCAACCGCUGCUCAGGAGGCAGUAGCGCGUGGGUUUGAGAGAGAGUACGAGCUGUUUGGGACUCCGGAGAGCUACUUCCAGCAGCUGCCUGCCAUGUUGCACCAGAAGAGAGAGAGACUGGCCUCCUGCCUGGGGAGCGCGGGGCUGCAGCCCGCCAUGCCGGAGGGAGGCUACUUCAUGAUCGUUGACAUCUCGUCUGUCACGGUGGACUUCAGUGACUCCAUGAUCCCUGAUGAUGAACCACAUGACUUCAGAUUUGUUAAAUGGCUAAUUAAAGAAAAGGGUUUAGCAACAAUUCCUGUCUCUGCUUUCUACAGCCCAGAGCACAGAAAGGACUUUGACAAAUAUAUCAGAUUCUGCUUCAUCAAGGUCAACAAAAUCUUAAUUUCAAUCAAGUAUUCUCCUAUUUUCAUUGUCGUCUCUGUCAUUACGUCCUUCAGUCACUCAAAUUCACUUCUUUUUGUCUAAAAGGAGGACUCCACUCUGAAUGCAGCUGAGGACAUCUUGAGAACAUUUAGUCAAAGACAAUAAAGCACACUGUCAUAUAUCAAUUGUCCAUCUGUGCCAUAACUAUUAUUUUUCAAGCAGUUGUCUUGUAUCCAAGUAUUUUAAAGGUUUAAUAAAGCUUUCAUUAAAUAAAAACACUUUACUCUGUCCCCGAGCCUUAUUGGCAUAAAGGGAUAUGUGACUUCUUGUGUUAUGAAGAGCAGAAGCCUUUGAAACCAGGCCCCUUUACACAAAAAAACGUAAUUUUAUUAAACAACCUAAAGAACAUUUAAAGAGACAAUAAAUGCCGAAUUCCUUGUGGGCAAAAACAAUUUUCAGCAAUAAAUAAAUCCCACUCGAUA